AUGGCUUCCACCGAUGCAUCUCAAAAGAUUGACCUCUAUGUCGCAAGGCUCACGGAUCCAAAAAUCGACACUCGCACGAAAUCCAAUGUUGCCACUGAUCUUCGCGAUUCGAUCGAGAGCCUCUGUACACCUCCUCCAACUUAUGCGAAGUUCCUGUCGAGAUUAUGGCCAGUAUUCAAGAAGAUUCUGGAGGGAAAGCCAGAUUUCUCGCCUACUUCCCCGGAGCAAAUACUCCGAAAUCAGAUCCUAGAAAUAAUCCAUCGGCUUCAACAUGCACCCGCCGAAGUGGAACCAUAUGCGCUCGAUAUGGUAGACACGUUGAUGGAGUUGGUGCGCGUGGAAAAUGAAGAUAACGCAGUCCUCUGUUUGAAGACCAUCAUGGACUUGGAGCGACAUCAAGCAACUGCCACAGCCUCCAAAGUUCAGCCAUUCCUCGAUCUCAUCCAAGAAAUGUUCGAAAUGAUGGACCAGGUGGUCAAGGAUACGUUUGACUCUCCCACGAGCCAUCAUCAGCCGGCAUCUUCAACACCAAACCCCCCUGGUGGAACUCUUCAGUCGCCUCGUCCAGGCUCUCCUAAUACUACUGUCUCAGACCCAGGAAACGAAAAGAAAGAGCAUGUACCACUCGCCAAAGGAAUGCAGUCGUUCAAAGUCUUGUCAGAAUGUCCAAUAAUCGUGGUUUCAAUCUUUCAAGCACAUCGAAGUUCUGUCGCCGCGAACGUCAAGAAAUUUGUCCCUUCCAUCAAGAGCAUUCUACUUCUGCAGGCAAAGGCUCAAGAAAAGGCACAUGCAGAGGCCGAAGCAAACAAGACCAUCUUUACGGGUGUUAGUAAAGAGAUCAAGAACAGAGCUGCCUUUGGUGAUUUUAUAACAGCUCAGGUCAAAACGAUGAGUUUCUUGGCUUAUUUGCUCAGGGUCUACGCCAAUCAAUUGACUGAUUUUUUACCAACCCUACCAAGUGUUGUGGUUCGCUUGCUCAAGGACUGCCCCCGGGAGAAAUCUGGUGCACGCAAGGAACUGUUGGUCGCCAUUCGCCAUAUUAUCAAUUUCAAUUAUCGCAAAAUCUUUCUUAACAAGAUUGACGAAUUGCUCGAUGAACGAAUUCUGAUCGGCGAUGGACUGACGGUUUAUGAGACCAUGAGACCCCUGGCGUAUAGUAUGCUUGCAGACUUGAUACACCAUGUCAGAGAUUCGCUACACCGAGAUCAAAUUCGACGCACGAUCGAAGUCUAUACGAAAAACUUGCACGACAAUUUUCCUGGCACCAGUUUCCAAACCAUGAGCGCCAAAUUACUCCUCAAUAUGGCCGAGAGUAUCACAAAACUUGAAAACAAGGAAGACGCGCGGUAUUUCCUGAUCAUGAUUCUUGAUGCUAUAGGCGAUAAAUUUGCUACCAUGAAUUAUCAAUACAAGAACGCCGUCAAACUCAGCAAACAAUAUGGAGACAAGUCCAAAGAAGCUCAACCUGAGACAUACAUGGAUGACAAGGAUCAGAUUCCUGACUGGGAUGAAGUCGACAUCUUCAAUGCAACACCUAUCAAAACUUCAAAUCCACGGGAACGAGGUGCCGAUCCCGUGAAUGAUAACAAGUUCUUGUUCAAGAAUCUGGUGAACGGCCUCAAGAACAUGUUCUACCAGCUCAAAACUUGCAAUCCUCCAGGCCUCGGCAUUGAUCAAACCAACAUUCCGCUGAAUUGGGCCGAAGUUUCUUUUGGUUACAACGCGGAGGAGACUCGGGUCGUCACAAAGCUUUUCCAUGAGGGCGCUCGAGUAUUUCGUUACUACAGCGCGGAAAAUCUGCCAACUGAUUUGCAAUACACCUCACCAGUGGACUUCAUGGCUAGCCAUUCAAUGGCUCAGAUGACGAGGGAUGAGAAGGAGCUUCUGGAAAGCUUUGGUACCGUCUUUCAUUGCAUUGAUCCAGCCACAUUCCAUGAAGUCUUUCAAGCAGAGAUACCAUAUCUACACGAUCUGAUGUUUGAACAUACAGCACUUCUUCACCUACCACAAUUUUUCCUCGCCAGUGAAGCCACCUCACCAGCAUUCGCCGGAAUGGUGUUGCAAUAUCUGAUGGACAAAUUGCCCGAAGUCGGAUCCUCUGACAUUGUGCGUUCGUCAAUCCUGUUGAGGAUGUUCAAGUUGUCCUUCAUGGCGGUCACAUUGUUCUCAUCACAUAACGAGCAAGUCCUCCUACCACAUAUUACGAAGAUCAUCACGCAGUGCGUUCAAUUGUCAGUGACGGCAGAGAAACCCAUUCACUAUUUCAUUCUUCUCCGAUCGCUGUUUAGGAGUAUUGGAGGAGGUCGAUUCGAACUAUUGUAUAAGGAGAUACUUCCUCUUCUCGAAAUGCUGUUGGAAACCUUCAAUCAUCUUCUUCAAGGAGCCAGAGAUCCUCAUGACAGAGAUCUCUAUGUUGAGUUGACCCUCACAGUCCCUGCUAGACUCAGUCACUUGCUGCCUCAUCUCAACCAUCUCAUGAAGCCUUUGGUCGUUGCUCUUCGAGCAGGACCAGAUUUGGUCGGUCAAGGACUGCGCACGUUGGAACUGUGUGUGGACAAUCUAACUGCAGACUACCUUGACCCGAUCAUGGCCCCGAUCAUGGAUGAUCUUAUGACCGCUUUGUUCGAGCACUUGAAGCCUCAGCCUUAUCAGCACUUCCAUUCUCAUACCACAAUGCGAAUACUGGGAAAACUUGGGGGUCGGAACCGCAAGUUCUUAAACCAUCCUCAUCAAUUAUCAUACCGUCGAUACACUGAUGAUGAGCCCAGUUUCGAUAUCAGGCUCACUGAGACAAAUCGUGACAGAGCAUUUCCUCUUGACACCGGAGUUGAUCUUGCUAUCUCAAAGCUCUCGGAGACGGCCAAGUCUGCGACUUCCAAAUCUCUGGAUUCUUAUUACAAGCAACAAUCUUUCAAGCUUAUCAGCAAUCAAGUGAAACUUUUCAUUGGGAGUGAUCAGCUACCCGAUGAUCUGGCAGCUUUGCUCCGGUUAGAGGCUAACGAUCUCAUGGCUCGUCGUUUCGCUACGUAUGCAGAUAUGUUAGAAGAUAACGACCUUGGGAAAUCAGUGCAGAAAAAACGAGAACAGGAAGAAAACCUGAAGAAACUGCUCAAGGCUUGCUUCACUGCAACGACAGUACCGGAUCUCAAGUCCCAGGCAGAAGCUUUUAUUGGCAACUUUUCCCGACAUUUCACCCUCAUUGAGCUUGGACAAGCUCUUUGCGACGCAGGUCGAAAGACAAAAGAAUUUGAUGUUCACGGGGGAGAGGGAGCCGUCCAUCUCAGCUCUCGCAUAUUAGCUGACGUUCUCUGCGAUUGUCUGUCGUCUGACAAUAUCAUCAUCCGGGAAGCAGCAGAAGCCUCAUUGAUUACUGUACUUGAGACCGCUCGCACGAUCUUCGGCAGCGAAGGCAAGGCGGCUGGUCUCCCCUUCUUUUCGCAUAUCACCCAAACAUUCUGCCAUAGAUGUCGUGAACUCGAAUGGUUUACCAAAUCUGGUGCGACAUUGGGAAUCAAGAUCCUGGUGACCAAGUUGAAUCUUGGAAACGCAUUCUUGGGAAGUAAGUAUCUUGAUAUCACCAAGUCACUACUGUACGUCAUCAAAGAUACACCUCAGGAGGUUCCUGCAAGCACCAGAAUCACUGCCCAAGAAAACCUGGAAUACAUUCUUCGCAAAGUGUUGAGCGGAAGCACGAAGGAAAUGCUCACAGUAGAGACCAGUGCCAUUCACAAGCUUUCUGCCACCUUCAGCCUUGAACUUUCUCACAUGAACAAGAAUGCGCGAGACACAGCACAGCAUGCCUUCUCAAUAAUGGCAGAAAUGGUCGGUGUUGAGGUGCACGAAAUACUCUCACCUGUCAAGGAACGUCUACUACAACCAAUCUUCAAUAAACCACUUCGAGCUCUACCUUUCUUAUCUCAAACAGGUUUCAUUGACGCGAUAACUUAUUGUUUGGGCCUUGGGAACGAUUUCGUACCUCUGAACGAUCAGUUGAAUCGUUUGAUGAUGGAAUCACUCGCUCUUGCCGAUGCCGAUGCAGAAAUACUUCACCCGAAACCAGACGAAUUUAAUAAUGCCCAGUUGAUUGUCAACCUGAGGGUUUCUUGUUUGAAGCUAUUGUCCAUAGCCAUGAGCUUACCGGAGUUUGCAACCGGACCACAGAAUACAAGUCGUGCGAGGAUUAUCACGGUUUUCUUCAAACUGCUUUACUCGAAGUCACCCGAAAUUAUCGAGGCUGCCAAUGCAGGCUUAAAGGAUGUGCUUGUUCAGACAACGAAAUUGCCCAAGGACCUGCUCCAGAAUGGUUUACGACCCAUUUUAAUGAAUCUGCAGGAUUCGAAACGCCUGACAGUGGCGGGCUUGGAAGGUCUCGCACGAUUAUUGACCUUACUGACGAGCUACUUUAAGGUCGAGAUUGGUGCUCGUCUGCUGGAACAUAUGAAGAUAAUUGCAGAAGACUCUUUGCUCCAGAAAGUUUCAUUCGGACUGGUGGAACAAAGUCCUCAGAUGAAGAUCGUGACAGCAAUUUUCAACAUCUUCCACUUGCUACCCCCUGCAGCUACUAGCUUCAUGACAGACCUUGUGAAUGGUGUACUCGACUUAGAGGUCAAACUUCGACGCACUAUCGCAAGUCCCUUUCGUCACCCGUUGAUCCUGUAUCUAGACAAAUAUCCCAAGGAGGCAUGGUCAUUUUUCCAGUCACGUUUACAUGAGGAAAAAUAUGGUCGAUUCUUCGGACAAAUACUGGCAUCAGAAUCCAGUGGUUCAUUACGGGAAGCUGUGGUGAAUGACACUGAAGCAUUGAUAAAAGCCGCGUUCGACGUUGAAGGUGAACAAGAAAGGCACACAGCAGCUAUCAAUGGCAUUUAUGUUGUCCACUCCAUUUGUUCUUUCGAUACGGCGAAGAAUUGGCUCAAAGACCAAGAGCAACUUCGACUCAAAAUAUUGGCUGCUGGGCAAGAGCUGGAGCAACGUUUGAGGAAGGAUCAACUACAACCAUCACAGAGAUUGCGCGCAGAGCAAACAGGAGACCAGAUCAUGGACAUUGUGACACACUACCUUGUUUCUUCACCAGAAGAUGUAACUUUCAUGAUGGAAGUGUUUUCCUCCGCUUCACAGGGCACUAUCAAAGCACCUUUGAAGUUGACCAAAUACCUCUUCGAUUCCAUUAUUACUGAUGAAUCCGUCGAACGUCGAUUCAACAUUAUCGAGAAAUGCUUGGAGAUUUAUUCGCAUAAAUCUGAGUCACAGAAAGUCAAAACUUUCUUACUGCACAAUGUGGUUAAUCCUACCAUGGCCAGAGACAUACAAAACAACCGCCAGGAAGACAACAAGGCCGGUAGUCUUGCAGACAGCAAACUUUUCCAUCUCUUUUUGGAGCGACUUUGGAAAUCGGCUUCUCCAGAUGUCAGUGAGGAAUCUGCCCUACCCGGUGUUGAUCAUUCCCGUAUGGAAGCACUUCAAUUGUCUGCUUUCGUUCUCAAGUAUCACAAAGAUGCUGUUUCCGAAGAUCGGAAGGAUAUCAUCAAAUACUCGUGGGGUCAUAUCAAACUUGAGGACGUUAUCAACAAGUAUGCGGCUUACGUCCUUAUCUGCUACUUCAUUCGAUCCUAUGAAACUCCGCCUAAGAUUGCUGUUCAAAUCUAUAACCAGCUGUUGAAAGCCCAUCAAAACGAAGGCAAAGCUUUGGUGACUCAGGCUCUCGAAGUUCUUGCUCCAGUCCUACCGGUCAGAAUGAAUGCGCCUACUAGUACACCUGGUGAUAAACGUUCUCCACAUUGGGCUCGAUUACCACGCAAGAUCUUGAAUGAAGAAACAGGCAAUCUUCAACAAGUGCAAAGCAUAUUCAAUUUCAUCGUACGUCAACCAGACUUGUUUUACGAAUCACGAGAGUUCUUCAUCCCCACGAUGAUCACAAUGCUACACAAGAUCGCGCCUCCACCAAAUCCGUCAAAUGAGAGUAAGCGGCUCGCUCUCGCUCUGAUCUCGUUGAUCCAACAAUGGGAAACACGCAGAGUCUCAGCUGUUUCACCCUCUCAAUCCACAGCAGAUCUGACGCCCUCCAAAAAGCGAGACUCGAAUGGGACACAGGCUUUGGCACCACCAGCUGUCAAAGACAGAGCCGAAUAUCUGAUUCCCAUUGAUCAGCGAACAUUGGUAGUCAAAUACAUGAUUAACUUCAUUACAACCUUGCCUGAGAGAUAUCCAGUACCAGCUGCCGAGCUCAAAACUAAGACAAUGCAAAAGGCCCAGCAACAAGCCCAAUCCAAUGACAUGUGUAAGAAGGCUGUGCAGUUGCUACGCGAGCUACUGGCUCCGAACUUGUGGGCCGAUGUCGAUGUCGGUCUUUACGAGAAGCUCUUACUCCCUAUCCUUGCUGGAGAGAAAGCCGAUAAAGCGGAUGACAAACAGCUCACCUGUAUGGUCAAUGCCCUGCAAGUUAUGCGCAUAUUAGUGGGCAUCAAAUCGCACGAGUGGAUUGCCAACCACAUGGAGGAGAUUCAGAAACUCCUGGAGAAGUCCUUGAAAAUGGAGGAUCCAGAAAUUCAAGACUGCUUGCACGUUGUUACCGAUGAAACUUCCAAGCAAUCCCCUCUCGUUCGACAGAUCCUAGAGGCUAUUCCAAAACAGAAAACCGAGGACGAAGAUGCCAUGGAGCUUGACCCUUCACCCUCAGACUUUCCUACCAGAUUCUCGAAAGUCAUGAUAGGCGAAGCACUCUCCUCUGGAAAUUACACUUCUGGUAUCAACAACCUAUGGACACUAUCCCUGGUACGUCCGAGCGAUGUUGACGAUCACAUUGCAGGAGCAAUGAAAGCCCUGCAACAAAAGCUGGCGAAAGAGCACAUCAAUGCUUAUGUUAUUCCUCCUGGACCUCCGCCACAGGGUUGGCGACUUGGUGAACCGCUCAUGGACCCUUAUGAAUUUGCUCUUGGUGUUGAUCUCAUUAAGAAGACGAUCGAUAUUCUGUCUUCUCGAAUGGGUGAACUCAACGAGCAACGUCGGCCGUUCUUGAGUGUACUCGCAUCCUUGGUUGAGAAAUCUUUCAAUGUCGAGAUGUGCAGUAAAGUGCUUGACAUGGUGGAGAAAUGGGUCUUCAAUUCGAAUGAAGCGUGGCCGACACUCAAGGAGAAGACUGCUGUACUUCACAAGAUGCUCAUAUUUGAGAAGUGGCCAACUCAGAACUUGUUGGAACGUUUCCUUGAGUUGGUUAUCAAGAUCUAUGAGGAUCCCACUGUUACAAGAACCGAGCUGACAGUUCGUUUGGAACAUGCUUUCCUGAUAGGAACUCGUGCGAAAGAUGUGGAAAUGCGAAACCGAUUUAUGAGUAUCUUCAAUCGUGCACUGUCCAAGACAGCAAGCUAUCGACUUAACUAUGUCUUGACUCUGCAAAAUUGGGAUACUCUAGCCGAUUCAUUUUGGCUCAAACAGGCCUCCCACCUCAUCAUGGGCUCGGUAGAAAUGUCCAUGCCAGCUCGCUUACACCCAGAAGAUAUCAGGAUGGCUCCGGUUUCACAACUGUUCAGUGCGACAUUGGUGAAUCCUGACCAACGAAAGGAUGAUCUUAUGAUUGAGGACAGUCUUGAAUCCUUGGUCGUGGCACAGCGUCGCUUCAAUCAAGAUAUCGAAGAAGUCAAGGUGCGCGAUUUACUCGAUCCUAUCACCCAGUUGCAGCACAUAGACGAUUCAGUGGCCUAUGACGUCUGGGUCAAGCUUUUCCCAUUGUGUUGGUCGGCUCUCAACAGAGACGAACGGCUUGAUCUCGAAAAGGGUAUGGUCACACUUCUGACCCGUGAAUAUCAUCAGAGGCAACUCAACUUGCGGCCUAAUGUUGUCCAAGCCUUACUCGAGGGUGCUGUACGAGCCAGACCUAGAUUCAAGGUUCCACCUCAUGUGAUGAAAUUCUUGAGUAAAACUUAUGACGCCUGGUAUACUGCUCUCAUCUCGCUUGAAGAAUCCACAGUCGACCCUCUGAUCGAUACUCCACAAGUACGAGAGAGCAAUCUUGAUGCGCUUGUUGAAGUCUAUGCCGGUCUACAAGAAGAUGACCUAUUUUACGGGACCUGGAGGCGAAGAUGUAAAUUCAUGGAAACGAAUGCGGCCCUUUCCUACGAGCAGCAUGGUAUCUGGGAUAAGGCCCAGCAGCUGUGGGAAUUGGCGCAAGUCAAAGCCAGAACCGGUGUCGUUCCUUUCUCACAAGGAGAAUAUUUUCUGUGGGAAGACCAUUGGAUGAUUUGCGCUCAGAAGCUACAGCAAUGGGAUAUUCUUGGUGAAUUCGCCAAGCACGAAAACUUCAGCGAUCUCCUUCUGGAAUCUGCAUGGAGAAACUAUGAAGCAUGGUCUGGGGAUGAAAACCGAAAUCAAUUGGACGGUAUGAUCAAAUCAGUUUCUGAUGCACCAACACCGAGACGGACUUUCUUCCAAGCCUUUAUGGCGCUUCUGCGGUACAACUCGAAGCAAGUUUCUCGCGCAGAGUUCCAGCAUGUUUGUGAUGAGGCUAUCCAACUUUCAAUCCGCAAAUGGCAUCAACUUCCUAAACGAAUCACCAACGCGCACAUACCAAUUUUGCAAAACUUCCAACAGCUGGUUGAAUUGCAUGAUGCUAGUGUGAUUUGCGACAGUCUGAUGGGCACGAAUGAGCGCAACCUCGACAAUAAAUCACAAGAAGUCAAGCUCUUACUGCAAGCCUGGCGAGACCGCCUUCCGAAUAUUUGGGAUGAUAUCAAUGCUUGGCAGGACCUGGUCACAUGGCGUCAGCAUGUAUUCCAACUUGUCAAUUCGACGUAUCUGCCGCUGCUACCUCAAGGUGGAAACAACGUCGGCAACAACUCCUAUGCUUUCCGUGGCUACCAUGAGACUGCUUGGAUAAUCAACAAGUUUGCUCAUGUAGCCAGAAAACACCAAAUGCCGGAAGUUUGCAUCAAUCAACUUGGGAAAAUCUACACAUUACCCAAUAUCGAGAUCCAAGAAGCUUUCCUCAAAUUGAGGGAGCAAGCCAAAUGUCACUAUCAAAACAAAUCAGAGCUCAAUAAUGGUUUGGAUGUGAUUAACAACACCAACCUCAACUAUUUUGGUGCCCAACAAAAGGCUGAAUUCUACACCCUCAAGGGUAUGUUCUUGGCCAAACUUCAACAUGCAGAAGAGGCGAAUGAAGCUUUCGGUGUCGCAUUGUAUUAUGAUCUGCGCUUACCGAAAGCAUGGGCUGAAUGGGGUCAGUACUCUGAUCGCAAGUUCAAAGAGAAUCCAGUCAAUAUCGAAGCUGCCAGUAACGCAGUUAGUUGCUACCUUGAGGCAGCGGGGCUCUAUAAGAGUGCCAAAUCCCGAAAAAUGCUUAGCCGUGUGCUAUGGCUCCUCAGCCUGGACGAUGAUGAAGGACAUAUUGCAAAGGCAUUCGAAGAUUUCAAAGGGGAAACUCCAAUCUGGUAUUGGACCACCUUCGUUCCUCAACUAUUGGGAAGUCUCGAGCACAAAGAAGCAUUACUUGCCAAAUCAGUGCUCGCCAAAAUCGCCAAAGCAUUCCCUCAAGCGCUCUUCUAUCAUCUACGGGCAACACGGGAAGAAUUUCUUACCAAGAAAAAGCAGUUCGAAAAUCAAAAGCGACAACAACAAGCCAAGCAAGAAAAGGCUGAAGGUGGCUCUCGACCAGGCACAGCUAAUGGUGAAACACCAGCAAAGGAAAGCUCGUCACCUAAACCCAAGCAAGAGGCCAACGGAGAAACUCAAACCAACGGGACCGAAGUUGAAAAAGUCGAAGAACCCAAGAAGCCUUGGGACCAUACUGAUGAGAUCAUGGCUGGAUUGAAGACCGCUUUCCCAUUGCUCGCCCUUAGUAUGGAGACAAUGACCGAUCAAUUAUCCAAGCACUUCAAAUGUCCACCAGACGAGGAUGCUCACCGUCUUAUUGUUGCACUUUUGAAUGAUGGUUUGGCAUACAUCAGCAGAGCUCCCAUCAACUAUGCUGAAGGCUCUAAAUUGCCACAGUCAACAGAAGCCAAUAUCGCCCGCUUUGUGACAUCUGUGCUCCCAGCUCACAUCCGCAAAUCCUUCGAAGCUGAUUUCGUACAGCAAAGACCAACCAUGUAUGAAUACAUCCACAAGUUGAGACGAUGGCGAGAUAAAUUCGAACAGAAACUGGACCACAAGCAACAAUGGAAUCCUCUCGAGAGCUAUAGUCAUCAUCUGAGCGAGUUCAAGUUCUUGAAGUUUGAUGAUUCCAUUGAAGUACCAGGACAAUAUCAACAACACAAAGACAAGAACACUGAUUUUGUUCGCAUCGAACGCUUUAUGCCUACCGUUGAGGUUGUCCGUGGCAACAGUAUAUGUCAUAGGAGACUGACUAUUCGUGGCCACGAUGGUUCGCUGCAUCCUUUCGCAGUGCAGCAUCCAACUGGAGGUAAAGUCCGCCGAGAAGAGCGGAUUGUGCAAUUGUUUCGAAUUUUCAAUCAGACGUUGGCCAAACGAAAAGAAUCACGCCGUCGCAAUCUGUACUUCCAUCUUCCGAUGUUUGUCCCGAUUGCCCCUUACAUUCGCCUAGUACAGGAUGAUUCCUCUUACAUCACUUUGCAAUCCGUGUACGAAGACUACGUUCGCAAAGUGCCUGGUAUGUCACGCGAUGAUCCCAUGAUGUUCCUCCUCGAGAAAUCACGAGCCAUUGCCGAGCAACAGAAGUCUUCGCCAAGAUCGUCUGAACAACUUGCUGUCAUGAAGACCGAAAUCUUCAACACAAUAAAAGAACGCUGGUUACCAAGCACGGUUGCCCUCCACUACUUCCAAGCGAUUUACCCCAAUUUUGCGGACUUUUGGUUAUUCCGCCGACAAUUCGCGUAUCAAUUCGCAGCGACGACAUUCAUGACUUAUAUCAUGCACAUGUCUGCACGAUAUCCCAGCAAGAUCGCAAUUUCUCGAGCCACAGGCGAUAUCUGGGCAAGUGAUCUCCUUCCCAACCUCAAUUCCGCCAAAGCCUACUUUUUCAACCCAGAAGCAGUUCCCUGCCGCUUGACACCAAAUCUUCAAACACUGAUCGGCCCCCUCGCCAUUGAGGGCAUCUUCACCGCCUCUUUGAUGGCGAUCGCACGCUGCCUCGCCGAACAAGACCAAGGCUACGAAAUGGAGCAGCAGCUCAGCAUUUUCGUCCGCGAUGAGAUGUACAACUGGGCAGCCGGGCGGUCACAUUCGAGUAGCGAAUCCAAGAUGGAGGGUCAGCAUCUCCGGGAGCUGGUUUCGCAGAACGCCGACUUCGUCGUGCGCAGAGCCCUGACGCUGGCGAAGACUCAAGGGAGUGUGGGUAAUACCCCUGAGGCAGCGGGUGUGGCAGGUGUUCUUCCAGCGUGCCAGAAUGUCGUGGAUCUUGUCAGUAGAGCUACAGAUCCCAUGAAACUGAGUGCUAUGGACGGGUUGUGGAUGCCUUGGUUGUAA